UGGGCCGCCGGUGGUAUGCGCGAUGGGAGAGAAAAUGAAUGUUGUGGAUAAUCAGUGAAAAUCGCGCAGAGUGUUCGACAAUGAAUCAUUAUAAACCAGGCUUUUUCCUCAAGGAGGGCUUCAAUAAUGGCAUGCUGCAACAUGUGCCAAGCCUGGCUCGACUCACCUUCAAGUUUUGCAAAUCACACGGAUCGUCGAGAUUCAUGAGAGAGUACAUCGAAAGUGAGAUCAUGGACCUCGCGAGACAGUGUCCGACCGCCGUGAUCUAUCUGAAACCGCGGAGACAUCGGGAUCCAGUCGUUGUCGCAGAAUACAUCAAUGGUCAUAAGGAGGAACUCCGCUGCAAUCCGUUUUCGAAACAGGAGCUCAUCAGAUGGAUUAACCUCAUGACUACGACAUCGGGGAGGCCGUCUAACCAGAAGCUGCUGAAAUACUCAGCGACGAGCUCAAUUUCCAUACAAGGACCGUGGAACCCGUGGGUGUACAAACCAACGGAAGAAAACUUGGAGGAACUGCCAUCCGAGAGACUUUCAGCUGCUAAGGCGACAUACCCGACUGCCACUGAGCGGGUUCUCGACAUGGUGAAAACCUCCCAGCCCCGGUGAUAGCCCCUAGUUGACGAAUUCAUUCGACGGUCGGCGUCGAGUUGUAGUGAGGAACCAAUAAAGAAGGGCGAAUAUAUAUUCCUGA